UGUGUCCUGCUUGCCAGGGGUGCCGGGGAUUACAGUUUCCAGGAUGGAGGCGAAGAGAAGCAGGCUGAGUGGGGCCCUGAGGGACGCUGAGGCCAUGGCUGCGGCCAGCACGGUGCGGAAGGCAGCAGGCCCGGUGCCCGAGGCAGCCCAGCCUUUCCUGUUCACCCCACACUCGGGCCCUGGGCAGGUGAGCAGCACGGGCACCCCCCAGGUGGAGUGGGCCGCCCGGCGCCUGGUAUGGGUGCCAUCCGAGCUGCACGGCUUUGAGGCAGCCGCCCUGCAGGAUGAGGGCCCCGAGGAGGUGGAGGUGGAGUUGGCAGAGAGCGGGCGCCGGCUGCGGCUGCCGAGGGACCAGGUCCAGCGCAUGAACCCUCCCAAGUUCAGCAAGGCUGAAGACAUGGCAGACCUCACGUGCCUCAAUGAAGCCUCCGUUCUGCACAACCUACGGGAGAGAUACUACUCUGGCCUCAUCUAUACCUACUCGGGCCUCUUCUGUGUGGUCAUCAAUCCUUAUAAGCAGUUGCCCAUCUAUACGGAAGCCAUCGUGGAGAUGUACCGCGGCAAGAAGCGCCACGAGGUUCCGCCCCACGUGUAUGCGGUGACCGAGGGGGCCUACCGCAGCAUGCUGCAAGACCGGGAGGAUCAAUCCAUACUGUGCACAGGCGAGUCUGGGGCUGGCAAGACAGAAAACACAAAGAAAGUCAUUCAGUACCUGGCUCAUGUGGCCUCGUCCCCGAAGGGCCGGCGGGAGCAGGGCGCCCCGGGUGAGCUGGAACGGCAGCUGCUCCAGGCCAACCCCAUCUUGGAGGCCUUCGGGAACGCCAAGACCGUGAAGAAUGACAACUCUUCUCGCUUCGGCAAAUUCAUCAGGAUCAACUUCGAUGUGGCGGGUUACAUUGUGGGGGCCAACAUCGAGACCUACUUGCUGGAGAAGUCCCGGGCCAUCCGGCAGGCCAAAGACGAAUGCAGCUUCCACAUCUUCUACCAGCUCCUUGGGGGCGCCGGGGAGCAGCUGAAAGAGGACCUCCUCCUCCAGCCGUGCUCCGAGUAUCGCUUCCUCACCAAUGGGCCAGCUUCAUCCCCAGGCCAGGAUCGCGAGCUGUUCCACGAGACUUUGGAAUCCCUGCGUGUCCUGGGCUUUACCCACGAGGAGAUUGUCUCCAUGUUACGAGUGGUAUCUGCUGUUCUCCAGUUUGGAAACAUCUCCCUGAAGAAAGAGAGACAUUCAGAUCAGGCCACCAUGCCAGACAACACAGCGGCCCAGAAACUCUGCCGUCUGCUGGGCUUGGGGGUGACCGAUUUCUCCCGAGCCCUGCUCUCCCCCCGCAUCAAGGUUGGUCGUGACUAUGUACAGAAGGCUCAGACCAAGGAGCAGGCUGACUUCGCCUUGGAAGCCUUGGCCAAAGCCUCCUAUGAGCGCCUCUUUCGCUGGCUUGUGCUUCGCCUCAACCGUGCCCUGGACCGAAGCCCUCGCCAGGGGGCCUCCUUCCUGCUGGGCAUCCUGGACAUCGCUGGCUUCGAGAUCUUCCAACUGAACUCCUUUGAGCAGCUGUGCAUCAACUACACCAAUGAGAAGCUGCAGCAGCUCUUCAACCACACCAUGUUCGUGCUGGAGCAGGAGGAGUACCAGCGCGAGGGCAUCCCCUGGACCUUCCUGGACUUUGGCCUCGACCUGCAGCCCUGCAUUGACCUCAUCGAGAGGCCCGUGAGCCAACCCCCCCCGGGGCUCCUGGCCCUGCUGGACGAGGAGUGCUGGUUUCCCAAGGCCACGGACAAAUCCUUUGUGGAGAAGGUGGCCCAAGAGCAGGGCAGCCACCCCAAGUUCCAGCGGCCCCGGCAGCUGCGCGACCAGGCGGACUUCAGCGUGUUGCACUACGCCGGGAAGGUGGACUACAAGGCCAACGAGUGGCUGAUGAAAAACAUGGACCCACUGAAUGACAGCGUCGCAGCCCUCCUGCACCAGAGCACGGACAAGCUCACAGCGGAGAUCUGGAAGGACGUGGAAGGCAUCGUGGGUCUGGAGCAGGUGAGCAGCCUCGGGGACGGGGGUGCACCUGGGGGACGCCCGCGCCGCGGCAUGUUCCGGACAGUGGGUCAGCUGUACAAGGAGUCCCUGAGUCGGCUCAUGGCCACGCUGAGCAACACCAACCCCAGCUUUGUGCGCUGCAUCAUCCCCAACCACGAGAAGAGGGCAGGGAAGCUGGAGCCUCGGCUGGUGCUGGACCAGCUACGCUGUAAUGGGGUCCUGGAGGGGAUCCGCAUCUGCCGCCAGGGCUUCCCCAAUCGAAUCCUGUUUCAGGAAUUUCGGCAGAGGUAUGAGAUCCUGACUCCCAAUGCCAUCCCCAAGGGCUUCAUGGAUGGGAAACAGGCCUGCGAGAAGAUGAUCCAGGCCCUGGAGCUGGACCCCAACCUGUACCGUGUCGGCCAAAGCAAAAUCUUUUUCCGGGCCGGUGUCCUGGCCCAGUUGGAGGAAGAGCGGGACCUCAAGAUCACAGACAUCAUCGUGUCCUUCCAAGCGGCUGCCCGAGGAUACUUGGCCCGAAGGGCUUUCCACAGACGCCAGCAGCAGCAGAGUGCCCUGCGGGUGAUGCAGAGGAACUGCGCCGCCUACCUCAAGCUCCGCCAUUGGCAGUGGUGGCGCCUCUUUACCAAGGUGAAGCCGCUUCUUCAGGUGACCCGCCAGGAUGAAGUACUCCAGGCACGGGCCCAGGAGCUCCAGAAGGUGCAAGAGCUGCAGCAACAGAGUGCCCGUGAGCUGGAUCAGCUCCAAGAACGAGUGCACCAGCUGGAGGAGGAGAGAGCCCGGCUCUCGGAGCAGCUGCGGGCAGAGGCUGAGCUGUGUGCCGAGGCCGAGGAGACCCGGGGCCGCCUGGCGGCCCGGAAGCAGGAGCUGGAGACGGUGGUGGGCAUGUUGGAGGCCCGGGUGGGUGAGGAAGAGGAGCGUAGCGUGCAGCUGGAGACGGACAAGAAGCGGCUGCAGCAGCAUGUGCAGGAGCUGGAACAGCACCUCGAGGCAGAGGAGGGGGCCCGACAGAAACUGCAGCUGGAGAAGGUGACCACUGAGGCCCGGCUGAAGAAGAUGGAAGAGGAUCUGCUGCUUUUGGAGGACCAGAACGCCAAGCUGGGCAAGGAGCGGCGGCUGCUAGAGGAGCGUCUGGCAGAGUUCUCCUCCCAGGCGGCUGAAGAGGAAGAAAAGGUGAAGAGCCUUAGCAAACUCAGGCACAAAUAUGAGGCCGUGAUGGCCGACAUGGAAGAACGGCUCAAGCUGGAGGAGAAAAGCCGCCAAGAGCUGGAGAAAACCAAGCGGCGCCUGGACGGGGAGAGCUCAGAGCUGCAGGAGCAGAUGCUGGAGCAGCAGCGCCGGGCGGAGGAGCUCCGUGCCCAGCUGGGCCGCAAGGAGGAGGAGCUCCAGGCUGCCCUGGCCAGGGCCGAGGAGGAGGGCGGGGCCCGGGCCACGCUGCUCAAGUCCCUUCGAGAGGCCCAGGCAGGGCUGGCCGAAGCCCAGGAAGACCUGGAAGCCGAGAGGGCAGCGCGGACGAAGGCGGAGAAGCAGCGUCGAGACCUUGGGGAGGAGCUGGAGGCCCUCCGGGGGGAGCUGGAAGACACGCUGGACUCCACCAAUGCCCAGCAGGAGCUCCGGACCAAGCGGGAGCAGGAAGUGUCCGAGCUGAAGCGGGCACUGGAGGAAGAGACGCGCAGCCAUGAAGCUGUCGUCCAGGAGCUACGGCAACGUCACGGCCAGGCCCUGGGCGAGCUAGGCGAACAGUUAGAACAGGCGCGGCGGGGCAAAGGUGCUUGGGAGAAGACCCGACUGGCCCUGGAAGCCGAGGUGUCCGAGCUGCGGGCCGAGCUGGGCAGCCUGCAGGCUUCGCGGCAGGAGGGCGACCAGCGGCGCCGGCGGCUCGAGACCCAGCUGCAGGAGCUGCAGGCCCGGGCUGGCGAUGGCGAGCGCACCCGGGCCGAAGCGGCCGACAAGCUGCAGAGAGCCCAGGCGGAGCUGGACAGUGUCUCGGGGGCCCUGAGUGAGGCCGAGUCCAAAGUGAUCCGCCUAAGUAAGGAGCUGAGCAGCGCCGAAGUCCAGCUCCAUGACGCGCAGGAGCUCCUGCAGGAGGAGACACGGGCCAAGCUGGCCCUGGGGUCCCGGGUUCGAGGGCUGGAGAGCGAGGCCGCUGGGCUGCGGGAACAGCUGGAGGAAGAGGCAGCGGCCAGGGAGCGAGCCGGGAGGGAGCUGCAGACGGCCCAGGCCCAGCUGUCAGAGUGGCGGCGGCGGCAAGAGGAAGAGGCAGGAGCCCUGGAGGCCGGAGAGGAGGCCCGCCGGCGGGCGGCCCGAGAGGCCGAGGCCUUGGCCCAGAGGCUGGCCGAGAAGACCGAGGCGACCGAGCGGCUGGAGAGGGGCCGGCGGCAGCUGCAGCAGGAGCUAGACGAUGUCUCCAUGGAUCUGGAGCAGCAGCGGCACCUCGUCAGCAGCCUGGAGAAGAAACAGAAGAAGUUCGACCAGCUCCUGGCAGAGGAGAAAGCAGUGUCCCAGAGGGCGGUGGAGGAACGGGAGCGGGCAGAGGCUGAGGGCAGGGAGCGAGAGGCCCGGGCCCUGGCGCUGGCCCGGGCCCUGGAAGAGGAGCGUGAGGCUCGGGAGGAGUUGGAGCGGCAGAACCGGGCCCUCCGGGCAGAGCUGGAGGAGCUGCUGAGUAACAAGGACGACGUGGGCAAGAGCGUGCACGAAAUGGAGAGAGCCCGCCGGGCAGCGGAGCAGGCGGCCGCCGACCUUCGCACUCAGGUAACGGAGCUGGAGGACGAGCUGAUGGCCGCCGAGGACGCUAAGCUGCGCCUGGAGGUGACGGCCCAGGCGCUGAAGGCUCAGCAUGAGCGGGAGCUGCAGGGCCGGGAUGAGGCUGGCGAGGAGAGGAGGCGGCUUCUGGCCAAGCAGUUAAGGGACGCGGAGGUCGAGCGCGAUGAGGAGAGGAAGCAGAGGGCGCUGGCCAUGGCCGCCCGCAAGAAGGCAGAGCUGGAGCUGGAGGAGUUGAAGGCCCAGGUGGGCUCUGCGGGUCAGGGAAAGGAAGAGGCCAUGAAGCAGCUGCGGAAGACACAGGCCCAGAUGAAGGAGCUGUGGCGGGAAGUGGAGGAGUCUCGAACUUCCCGGGAGGAGAUCUUUACCCAGAACCGGGAGAAUGAGAAGAGGCUCAAGAGCCUUGAGGAGGAGCUGCUGAAGCUGCAGGAGGAGCUCGCGGCCUCGGACCGGGCCCGGCGCCAAGCGCAGCAGGAUCGGGACGACAUGGCAGACGAGGCAGCCAACGGGAACCUGGCCAAGGCGGCCCUAGCAGAGGAGAAGCGGCAGCUCGAGGGGCGACUGGGCCAACUGGAAGAGGAGCUGGAGGAAGAGCAUGGGAACCUGGAGCUGCUCAAUGACCGUUACCGCAAGCUGCUGCUGCAGGUGGAGUCUCUGACCACGGAGCUAUCGGCUGAGCGGAGUUUCUCCGCCAAGGCAGAAAGUGGACGGCAGCAGCUGGAGCGUCAGAUCCAGGAACUGCGAGGCCGCCUGGGCGAGGAGGAUGCUGGGGUCAGAGCCCGCCACAAGAUGCUCAUCGCAUCUCUAGAGUCCAAGCUGGCCCAGGCUGAGGAGCAGCUGGAGCAGGAGAGCAGGGAGCGCAUUCUGUCGGGGAAGCUUGUCCGGAGAGCUGAGAAGCGCCUGAAGGAGGUGGUCCUGCAGGUGGAUGAGGAGAGGAGGGUGGCUGACCAGCUCCGGGACCAGCUGGAGAAGGGCAACCUGCGGCUGAAACAGCUGAAGCGGCAGCUGGAGGAGGCCGAGGAAGAGGCCUCCAGAGCCCAAGCUGGCCGUCGGCGGCUGCAGCGGGAGUUGGAUGACGUCACUGAGUCGGCAGAGUCCAUGAACCGGGAGGUCACCACGCUGAGGAACCGGCUUCGGCGAGGGCCCCUCACCUUCACCACAAGGACAGUGCGUCAGGUCUUCCGCCUGGAGGAAGGGGUCGCCUCCGAUGAGGAAGGAGAAGAAGCAGAAGGAGGCACUGGUCCCCCUGCUCCAGAACCUGAUGUCCCCCCCCAGUCCCAGCCACAGUGACCCUCUUGUUGAUUCUCUGCUCCAAAUCCCCUUCCCCUCCUGCCUUCUUGCACUUUGGAGACCCCAGUGCCCAAACCAGGCACUUUAAGUCAUCAAAGCUCCCAGCCCCAAAUCAAGCAGUGGGCCUGGCACUUAGCUGGGGGCAGGCUUGGGGAGGGGUUCAUGCCUGCUUUCCUCCCAGCCCCCAAGUCUUUGUACAACAAAAAGGGGAAGGCCCCGGCUUUCCCCUUCCCGUUUUGACUUUCUCCUUUUUACUCAUUCCUCUCCUUCCCAUCAUACCCAAUUUCUGUCCUCUUUCUUCCCAGCCUCCCUCUUCUUUGGAACAGCUUCUUCCCACCCCAAGCCCCUCUUUUCCUCAUCUCCCUCUCCUCUUUCUCAGCACCAUCUCCCUGUCUCCUUGCCUUCUAUUUCCCCACCUCUCCUCAUCUUUGCCUCCAUCCUCUCAUCUCCUUCUUCCCCCUCAUCUUGUCUCCCUUUUCCCCUCCUCAGCAUUGUCAUCUUCCUCUCUUCCAUCCUCAGCCCUGUAUUCUCCCCUCAUCUCCUCCUUUUAGGUUAUUUCAUCCCCUCUCUUCAUCUUAUCCCCCCUUCCCUCCUCAUGCUUUUGUAUCCCUUUGUAUCUUCAGCACUUAGCACAAUGCCUGGUACAUAGUAGGUGCUUAAUACAUGUUUACUGAUUGAUCGAUCCUUCUCAUCUCACUCUCUUCCAUCCUCAUCUCAUGCUCAUCAUCUCAUCUCACCUCUUUUCUCCCUCCUUAUCCUUCUCAUCUCCCUUUCUCCUAUCUCCCUUUUCUUGUCUCCUCUCCCCUCCUUUCCUCAUUGCCUAUUUCCCUCUCCUCAUUUCUCUCCGCCAUGUCUUUCAUUCCCCUCUUUUCUGUCAUCUGCCCUCUACCCAUCCAGUCUCAUUCCUUCUUUACCUCCCUUCCUCUGUUCUCCACUCUCUUCCUCUCACCUCUUUCUCGCUCCAUUUCUCUCCAUCUCCUUUUCCCUCCAUCAGCCUCUCCUUCCCACUUCCCCACCUGAUGCUCUGGUGGCUUCUGUGUGGUUUAGGUUGGCGUUUCAGGGUCAGGUAUAACAGUAGCAUGUGUCCUGUUCCCCUCAGCCCCUGCCCUUCCCGCUCCAGUGGAAAUAAACUUCAAAGCCUUA